AGAAUGUCCUCCUCCCUCCCUGGAAACCGCGAACUCCCUGCCUCCCAGUACGACCUCUCCUCGUACUGGGGGCGGGUGCGCCAUGCCGCCGACCUGUCGGACCCGAGAAUGGCAUUUACAUCAAGCGCGGGUCUGGAACAGGCCAAAUCGUUGAUCAAAAUGUAUAAAUCCGGGAACGGGGUGAUGACGCCCGAGCUGUGGCAUGCGAAGAAGAUCGUGGACUCGACGUUGCACCCGGAUACUGGCGAACCCGUCCUCCUUCCGUUCCGCAUGUCGUGUUAUGUCCUUUCGAAUCUGGUGGUUACGGCGGGGAUGCUCACGCCAGGGUUACAGACAACUGGAACUCUGCUGUGGCAGAUUGCAAACCAAUCGCUCAACGUAGCGAUCAACAAUGCCAACGCCAACAAAUCGACCCCCCUCUCCGUCCCGCAGAUCGCCAAAUCCUACCUGAUGGCGGUGUCGGCCUCGUGCUCCGUCGCACUAGGCUUGAACGCGCUGGUUCCGCGCCUGAAGAGCCUGACGCCGCAGACCCGUCUGCUGCUCGGCCGGCUGGUCCCCUUUGCGGCCGUGUCGAGCGCCUCGGCGCUGAACGUCUUCCUCAUGCGGGGCGAGGAGAUCCGUCGUGGUAUCGACGUCUACCCUGUUCUCUCGGAGGAAGAGAAGCUCGCGCGCGAGAAGACGGGCGAGCCCGUCCAAUCGCUCGGCAAGAGUAAGAAGGCGGCCACCAUUGCGGUGGGUGAGACCGCUGUCUCGCGCGUCCUCAACGCUACCCCGAUCAUGGUCAUCCCGCCGUUAAUUCUUGUCCGGCUGGAGAAGACCGCCUGGCUGCGUGCCCGCCCGCGCAUGGUCCUCCCCAUCAACCUGGGUCUCAUCCUCGCUACAUCCCUCUUCGCCCUACCGCUUGCCCUGGGGGCGUUCCCGCAGCGACAGGCGUUGAGCGCGGAGUCCCUUGAGGAAGAGUUCUGGGGCAAGGGUGGGUUAAAUGGACAGGUGGAAUUCAAUAGGGGGAUGUAA